GAGGCGCCGCGGCUGCACACAGACCCACGCGCGCGGACCAUGUGGAUGAGAAGGGACAGGCUGCUGGUGACCCUCACCCUGGCCGCCGUCUUCAGCGCAGAUGUAUACUUCGUGCUGCUGCCCAAGCUGCGGGAGAAGUACCCGUGGGACAGGUGCACCUGUCCCGCCGCCGGGGUCGCCAACAUCAGCCUGGGUGACAGUGAGGUGCCUCAGUGGCCCCCCAACUCUUCCACUGUCACCAGGGGCUCUGCGGGGGGACUUGGGGUUACCGCAGUUCCCGUGGAGACCGGAGGGAAGACAUGGGGGUCCAAGCUGGAGAAGCUGUUUGCCCACCCACUCUACAACAUCCGCAGCCCUGACCCGGGCCCCGAAGAGGUGCUGGUCCAGCCCGAGGAGCUGAUGGGCUACUACAAGAGGAAGGUGUCCCGCUGGGAGAGACAUCAGAAAUUCUACAAAGACGUGGUAGCAGCCACCAACAUUUCCCUACCUAUUCAGGAGAUUACAUUUGACCCAGAGGUCAGCUGGCUCAAGUUCCACAUGAGGAUCAACAAAUAUGCACUAUAUACCCGGGAUGACCCUAACAUAAAGCGCCUCCUGCAGGAUAUGCUCAACGCGAAGGUCGUCAAUGCAGAUUACACCCAGGAUGAGAAAGCUCUCAAAGGGGCGUGUGACUGCUCCCAAGUGGUAAAGCCCAGUGGACAUCACCUGAAGCUGGCUUUGAAACUGAAGGACUUUGGCAAAGCCAUGUUCAAACCCAUGAGGCAGGAGAGAGACCAGGAGACACCACAGGACUUUUUUUAUUUUGUUGACUUCCAAAGACACAAUGCUGAAAUAGCUGCUUUCCACCUGGACAGAAUAUUAGACUUCCGAAGAGUGCCCCCAGUGGUAGGGAGGUUAAUCAACGUCACACGGGAUAUCCUGUUCACCACUCACAAUGACGACCUACGGAGCGUCUUCUUCACCUCUCCAGCAAACAACACCUGCUUCUUUGCCAAGUGUCUGUACGUGUGCAAGACUGAGUAUGCAGUGUGUGGCAACCCUGACAUGCUGGAGGGCUCUUUGUCUGCCUACCUGCCAGGUCUGAGCAUAGCACCACGCAUUUCCAUCCCCAACCCAUGGAUCCGCUCCUACACCUUCACUGGGAGAGAAGAAUGGGAGGUAAAUCCAUUCUACUGUGACACAAUUAAACAGCUAUAUCCUUACAACUCCGGGAACAGGCUGCUUAAUAUCAUUGACAUGGCCAUAUUGGACUUCCUCACAGGAAAUAUGGACCGGCAUCACUAUGAAAUCUUCACCAAGUUUGGAGAUGAUGGUUUUCCACUUCACAUUGACAAUGCCAGAGGAUUUGGAAGGCACUCCCAUGAUGAGAUGUCAAUCUUAGCCCCGUUGACCCAAUGCUGCAUAAUCAAGAUGUCUACCUUGCUGCGCUUGAAGCUGCUGUCUGAGGAGGAGUUCAGGCUGAGCGAUGUGAUGCGCGAGUCCCUGGGGAGAGACGCCCUCAGGCCCAUUCUGACAGAGCCCCACCUGCUGGCCCUGGACCGCCGCCUGCAGCGCGUCCUCCGCGUGGUGCACAAGUGCGUCAAGAAGCUGGGUGAGCCGCAGGUGGUGGCCGUGGACUUCGUGGAAUCUCGCAGGACGACGACCGGGCCUGCUGGUGGCAGGUAGCACAGGGCGUCAACACAGGAGAGAGGGAUGCGGAUUCCGUCAGGUCAGGAAGGGACCAAAAACGAUAAAGCACUGGAUUAAGACUUUUUCCCCCACUCACAAACCAUUCUUAACUACAACCCUGUAUGAAUGUGAUAGAUUAAAUGCAAUUUAUCAAUUAUUUUCCCAUAAUAAACAGAUGUCUGGUUUACA